UAACCUUGGUUGGUUGUAGGCCCUGGAAUCAAAUUAUUUAUUAUUAUUAUUAUUAUUAUUAUUAUUGUCCUCUUGAUUCUCUCUCUCUCACUCACUCACUCUCACUAACAAGAAAACAUGAAUCGUUUCAUUCGAUCAUCAACCUCCUCUAAGGUUCAUACAUGCACAAGAAAUGUGCGAAAUCUUUCCACCGUAAGAUGGCACAGUACCAAUGCCGCCGCUGUUGAUGAUGAUGGAUAUAAGGGGCAUGGUAUGUUGGCGCCUUUCACAGCGGGAUGGCAGACUACUGAUUCAAACCCAUUGGUGAUAGAAAAAUCUGAGGGAUCAUACGUGUAUGACGUAAAUGGGAAGAAGUAUCUCGAUGCUCUUGCAGGCUUGUGGUGCAAUCCUUUAGGUGGGAAUGAGCCUCGUCUAAUUGCUGCGGCAACCAAGCAACUAAAUACUUUACCUUUCUACCAUUCGUUCUGGAACCGUACUACAAAACCUUCUUUGGAUCUUGCAAGAGAACUUCUGGGAAUGUUCACAUCAAACGAAAUGGCUAAAGUCUUUUUCACAAACAGCGGGUCCGAUGCAAAUGAUACUCAGGUGAAGCUGGUUUGGUACUACAACAAUGCGCUCGGAAGGCCAAAUAAGAAGAAAAUCAUCGCUCGGACAAAAUCGUACCAUGGAUCCACUCUCAUAUCAGCUAGCCUUUCAGGACUCCCGGCAUUACAUCAACAUUUUGAUCUGCCAACUCCGUUUGUAUUGCAUACAGAUUGCCCCCAUUAUUGGCGAUAUCAUCUUCCAGGUGAGACCGAAGAGGAGUUUUCAACUAGAUUGGCUACCAAUUUGGAGAACCUUAUUCUCAAAGAAGGACCAGAGACGAUUGCUGCUUUUAUUGCUGAACCAGUUAUGGGAGCAGGAGGUGUGAUACUUCCUCCUAAAACAUACUUCGAGAAGAUUCAAGCUGUUGUUAAAAAAUAUGACAUUUUAUUCAUCGCUGACGAGGUAAUUUGCGGCUUCGGAAGGCUUGGAACCAUGUUCGGUUGUGAUAAAUACGACAUUAAACCUGAUCUUGUCACCAUUGCUAAGGCGCUUUCUUCAGCAUAUAUGCCGAUUGGUGCUGUUCUCGUGAGCCCCAAGGUUGCAGAUGUCAUAUAUUCUCAAAGCAAUAAACUCGGUACAUUUUCUCAUGGAUUCACGUACUCCGGGCACCCUGUAGCUUGUGCUGUUGCACUGGAAACUCUCAAGAUUUACCAAGAGCGAAAUAUUCUCGAUCAAGUAAACCGUAUCUCCCCAAUGUUUCAAGACGGUAUAAAAGCCUUUUCCUCAAGUCCCAUAAUUGGAGAGAUUCGUGGAACUGGAUUGAUUUUGGGGACAGAAUUUACGGAUAACAAGUCACCACACGAAUUGUUCCCGCCUGAAUGGAAAAUAGGUGCAUACUUUGGAGCACAGUGUGAGAAACAUGGGAUGUUGGUGCGUGUUGCUGGUGAUAGUAUAAUGAUGUCUCCGCCUUUCAUCAUGACAUCUAAUGAAGUUGACGAGUUGAUAAGUAAAUAUGGGAAGGCACUGAAGGACACUGAAAGAAAGGUGGAAGAACUCAAACAUCAGCUGAAGUAGCCUUUUGCAACACUUGAGGACAAAAUGUGUCAAGAAAGAUGUUAAACUUGAAACUAUCAAAUAAAAAAUGUUUUUUUUGCACAAAGUUGAAAAUGUGUGGAGAUCAUUUUGGAAAUAUUAUGUUGCGUGUUUUUUAUAAGGCUUUCUGGCUAUUAAACAAAUUA